UCGUCGAGUAGUGGCGAUUAGGUCGGGAAUCGAUCCUGCCAGUGGACAGCAAGAUUCAAUGGCGGCUGCUUUGCUUCUUCGCUGCGUGCUGGGCCCGCGACUCUAUCGCCUCCACUGCCGCGGCGAGGGAUCGGGCCAUGACUACCAGCCCAGCGCGCUGGAGCGACGGUCAGACGCACUGCUGCAGUGGGCCUCCUGGGCAUGGAGUUUUACAUUUUACUCCUCUCCCCUCCUCGUGGGCUUCAUGUACCGCAGAGGUCUCUUACACUGGGACCGCACGGCCUCCUUCACCCAGAUCCUGGGCUCCGUCAUUCUGCUGCUGCUGGGGGUGACCUGCCUACGUGGUCUUGGUCGGUGGCAGAACCCGGAGUACCUGCAGUUCAUCACCGUGCUGGAGCAGACCAAGCAGAGGAAUGCCUUCGACAACAAGAAACUGCUGGCGCGCUACGAUUUUGAGUUCUCCGCUUGGCCCGUCGACUUCUCCUGGAACGAGGGCAGCGAAAAGGGUGCCACGCGUGGGCCCGGGGCUCCACUCCUCAGCUCCGCCGAUGCACCGCGUCCACGCGGAGGCCUGGCCUGGAUACGCAUGCUGCCCUGCCAGAUGAUCAGCUACAUGCUGGCACACACGUUGGGCCGGCGCCUCGUGUUCCCGGGCUCCGUGUCGCUACUGCAGAAGAUGGUGGCACCCCAGCUGCUACAGGGACGAGCCAAGCUCAUAGAGGAGCACCAGGGCCAGCGCGCGUGUCUCCUGGCCCAGGACGGGAAUCGCAUCGACACAGUGUUCAUUGACCGUCGCAGGCAGGGCAGCAGCCACGCUCGCACGCUGGUCGUCUGCAGCGAAGGGAACGCUGGAUUCUACGAGCUGGGAGUCAUGGCUACGCCACUGGAAGCCGGAUACUCCGUGCUGGGGUGGAACCACCCCGGAUUCGCAGGCAGCACGGGCGUUCCGUUCCCGCAGGCCGAAGCCAACGCAAUGGACGUGGUGAUGCAGUACGCGACGGAGCGCCUCGGCUUCCAGCCAACACAGAUCGUACUCUACGCCUGGUCCAUCGGAGGCUUCCCUGCCACCUGGGCAGCCAUGUCUUACCCAGAAGUCAGUGGGCUUGUGCUGGAUGCCUCGUUUGAUGACAUCGUGCCCCUGGCCACCAAGGUCAUGCCCAGCAGCUGGGGCUCGUUGGUGGUGCGCACCGUCCGUGACUACCUGAACCUCAACAACGCAGAUCAGCUGUGCAGGUACCCGGGCCCCGUGAUUCUCAUUCGGAGAACGCGUGACGAGAUCAUCUCCACCACCCCCGAGGAUCCGUCCACCAACCGUGGAAAUGAGUUACUCCGCCAGCUUCUCAAGCACCGAUAUCCCAAAUUGGUGACCAAGCAAAGCAUGGAGUCUCUGAGGCAGUGGCUGGCUGUGGGAGACCCAGUGAACGAAGUGACUGUCUACAGUGCACACCGCGUGGAUGAGGAGUGGUGCGCGUCGCUUCUCAAGUCCUACGCCCACGAUCAUCCUGCCGGCUACCCCUGGUCCAUCGGGGAGGAGCUGUCGGAACAGCAGAAGACGCAGCUGGUCAUGUACCUGGCUCGUAAGUACAUGAAGAAUGUGGAGAUGACGCACUGCUCUCCGCUACCCGCCAGCGAAUUCACGUUGCCCUGGGUUCCCUGAGCCUGCUGCCCCUCGUCACCCCAACUGCCCCCGUCCCAGCUGCCCUCGCCUGCCCCGUCAAUGCGUUGAGAUUCCAGCGCCAUCGCUGCUCCUGUCCGCCCGGACACAAGACGAGCAGCAGCCCGUGACUACUGCUGAUGAGUCGGGGUUAGGGGAUAGGGUUAUAGUGAAGGGAUUAGGGGAUAAGAGUAUGGGCAGAGUGAGGGGAUUUGGGGAUGGGGUUAGGGGUAGAGAGUGAGGAGGUUAGGGACUGGGCAAAGGUGAUUGGGUUGGACACACGGCUAAUGCAAGGCAUUGGGUUUGGGUUGAAGAUGGGGUUUUGCAAUUUAAUUUCAAGAUGUAGGAUCAGAGGCAAGGUUAGGGAUACGCAUUCGUGAGGAAUAUAUAAUAGUGUCAGCAUUCGGGAUCGGGGUAUUGCUAUGGACAGCGUUGGAGAUAGGAGCUUUGCUUUACGUACAAAUCUGUUGAUGUGAUGGGGUUCGGGAUAGCAUCCGAGGUACGCCUUGACAUCUGGGGUUGUGGUUGAGGUUGGAGAUGGGAUUCGGAGUUCUGGCUGUGCAUGAUCACUAUCCCCUGUAACUACAACUGCCACCUCCGCCAACAACAGCACAACUGCCACCACAGCCACCAAAAAACAAAGGUCCUCUGUGUCGCCUGAACAAGACUGUUGGGGAAAGUGCUGUUAGCGAGUAGCAGCGCCUAUGAAGGCCAGCACAGCACACGAUGGGGUGGGUGGACAGCACCACGCCCGACCGCCUUUGUCUCUAUAGUUGGCGAUGUUUACUAGACACGGCAUCAGGUACUGGUUUGGGAGGUCGUCGGGUUGGGAGGCCGUGAGCGGGAAUCAAACUCUGUCGGGUUCAUAGCGCAACGCACUAACCACUGCGCCGCGGCUUCCCACACCAUCACCACCACAAACACCACCAUAAUCACCACAAACACCACCAUCACCAAACACCACAACAGCUACCACCACUACAAUCACCACCAUCACCAAACACCACCACAAUCACCACCACAACUACCAUCACCACCGACGCCACUUUGUGUGCGAAAGAAGUUCAACACAUUAUUACAUCGGUCUCCGUUGCAACGUGCCCAAAGUGAAUUUCCACGUGAACGGGGAAAAAAAUAAUUAUCUUUUCGUGUUUUACAUUAAUAAUUUAUUCGUCAAUUGCGUUAACGCGAAAUGUCGCGAGGCGGGGAACGUUCGUUGGUAGAUCGAGGGGCGACCCUCGCGUCGUUUGUAGAAUGUGCAGGCAUUGGUGUCCGUCUCGACCCUCCGAUGAGGUCUCUCUGUGGGUUGGAGAUAAAACCCGGAGUGGAACCCCCAGGCUCUGGGAACUCUAGGGGACAACUGCUCGGCUGCUGACUUCCCCGCGACUUCCUGUUUUGCAUUCUCGCGUAUUGCAUUUUGGGUAACGGAUCAUUGCAAGAAUCAAAUGUUCAAAUUAUUACUAUCGCAGCAAAAAUCUCCGGUAUCCAAUGGAGAGUUUGCUGGUUCAUUUAAUAUGCCGGUUAUCUGCGAGUUAUAUAUACAUACUUAUGAUUCAGAAAAUUGUCCAAGUACAUACAAUACACCUUUUCAAGAAAUAAACUUAAGCCUACAUUUUUUUUGUAACUGUGAUAUAAGAA